AUGUCCGUUGUUCCAGCUGGCGUCCACACCGCACAACCUGUGCAGUUUCCGCCACAUGCAAAUGUGAAUGUCUCAGUUGGCGGUCCACCAGGAGUUGCCCCAGUCCCAGAUUCUUAUUUCACUGAGUCGAAGAAGGGUGAAGUGAAUGAGCUCCGCAACCUUCUUCGAAACUUUGCAACAGAAAGAGAUCCAAAAAGGAAGCGAGAUAUCAUCAAGAAAGUGAUUGCGUACAUGACAUUAGGCAUUGAUGUAUCGAGACUUUUUACUGAAAUGAUGCUUGCAAUUGAGACGCGAGAUCUUGUUAUCAAGAAAAUGGUCUACCUCUAUCUAUGCAACUAUGCCUACUCCCACCCGGAGCUAGCUCAGAUGUGUACGAACACUUUACAGAAGGAUUGUGGCAAUGAUGACCCCAUGGUGAGGGGCCUUGCACUACGAAGUCUAUGUAGUCUUAACUUGCCGCAGAUGGUUGAAUACAUAUCUGAACCCCUAAGGAAAGCAUUAAGCGACCACCAUGCUUAUGUAAGAAAGACAGGAGUCAUGGGAAUUUUGAAGCUUUAUCACCUCGACAAGGAAUCCUUCGAGCAAUGCGGCUUUGUUGACAUCCUCUACGAUAUGCUAAGAGAUGUCGAUUCCUCUGUUGUGGCAAAUGCCAUUAUGGUGCUUAAUGAAGUGAUGUCGAAGACUGAGAAUGGCGGAAUGGCUAUAAAUCGGGCAAUCAUGCUUCAUCUACUGAAUCGCAUUCACGAGUUCAGCGAAUUUGAUCUUGUUCAGGUCUUGGAACUAGUCCCACGCUAUAUCCCAGCGAAUGCAGACGAAGGUUUCCAAAUCAUGAACUUGUUAGAUCCGGUCCUCAGAACAUCCUCUUGCGCCGCUGUGUUGGCGACUGUUCGAGCCUUCCUCUCCAUGGCGGAUCAAAUAGCUGGAUCAACAGAGGACUGUACAGAAAUGAAGCAGCAAGUUGUAAGCCGUAUAAAGGCGCCCUUGAUUACAUUGGUUGCAAGUGGAUCAUCGGAGGUGCAAUAUGUGCUUUUGAAGCAGAUCGAAUCUUUGGUCGAGUUGUGUCCUGGUUCCUUUGACGACGAGUUUCGACAAUUUUACAUCCGAUAUCAUGAACCAACUCACGUCAAAUUCCUAAAAAUUGAAAUUCUUCCGCUACUAGCAAAUCUCGACAACGCACCAGACAUUGUUAAUGAGCUUGGGGAAAUGGUCUUUGACCAAAAUACUCGGAUUAGUAGGCUGGCAGUUCGAAGCAUGGCGAAAAUAGCAUGUCGUGGUAACGGGGGACCAGGGUGCGCCGAGUCCAUCGCCCAGCGAAUGGUUGAAUUGCUGGACUCAAACGUAGAGCAUGUCCAGUCAGAGGCUGCAACAGCCCUCACUCUGAUGCUUCGCAAACACGCGGAUUUGAAACCAGUGGCAAGCAUGUCUCUCGUUCGAACACUGAAAUACGUUCAAGAACCAAUUGGGAAAGCCAGCAUUAUUUACCUCCUCGGCGAGUGCGGUGACCUGAUUCAUGAAGCCCCAUACGCGUUGGAAAAGCUAAUUGAUAAUUAUGAUACGAUUAAGGAUGUCGCAGUGAAGCACCAACUCUUGAACGCCUGCUUGAAGCUAUUUUUCCUACGCCCACCGGAGAUGCAACGAAUGUUGGGAAGACUGUUGCACAAGGCUACUGACGACGUCUCAUCCCAGGAUCUUCAUGACAGAGCGCUGUUGUAUUACCGCUUGCUCCGAUCUGGUGCUGAUCCCAAGACUAUUCUUGCCCCCAUUGUGCAAACAAAUCAUAAUCUUGGAGAACGGGUGUUUACAGAGGACGAUGACGCUCAGCUUCGCGCAGAGUUGAUGGAGGAAUUCAACACUCUCGCAACAAUCUAUGGAAAGGCAUCUGUGAACUUCAUUCGACCAGAGUUUCAAGUUGUUUACAAGAAGAUGCCAGCGGAGCACCCACUGCACGAGGGUGGUGAUACAUUUGGAGCUGGCCAUGUCCCAGUUGCGCCACAAUCGAUGCCUCAACCAGUAGUAGCAUCCCGCGAACCGGCGGUAGCACCAGUUCCCGAAACAUCGGCUCCUGAUGGCUUCGUCGCUGAUCUUCUAGGAUUUGGUGCGCCUUCUGUUCCUCCAGUGCAGGCAUCCCCGCCUACCGCGUUUUCGCUCGCCUCGGGAGUGACAAUGACCGGGGAUGAAUACCAAUCGAAAUGGGCUGGUAUUAGUGAUGCUGAUGCCAUUGUUUCCGCUGUCUCUCUUAGCAGCGUCCCCGCAACGACAGGUGAAGUGGAAUCCAAGCUUGCAGGCUAUUCAGUAGUCACUAUGGCUAGUGGUGAACUGCCAACUGAGUUCAAGUUCUUCUUGUAUGCAAAGGAAGCAAUUACGGGCAAUAUGUUUCUCAUCCAGUCUAAUAUUGGCAAAGCUGGAGAAGCCUUGAUGAUCAUAACUGUGAAGGUCAGUUCGGAAGCAGGCAGCGCCAACCAACAGCAACAAGUGGAUCAUUUGAUCCAAGAAAUUCAGAAAGCUCUUGGAUAG